UCAAACUUCAAACCCACAGAUACUUGAAGUCUACGCAGAAUCAAAGACCACUUCAGUUCUCUCAGAAGCCUGACACAUCCAGCACUUUAUGCUAGAAAGGUGCUUCAUACACAACCAUGGAUAAAUUGGGUAACAGUGCAUUUACCUUCAGCGGAGAUUAUUUAUCUGACAUGUUUUUGGGGAACACCAGCUUCUCCCCUGACUACUACAACGAGAGUGACACCUGCUGCUCUGUGCCACCCUGCACCUCCAAGAGCAUCCAGGCCUUUGACAGGGUCUUCCUGCCAGUCCUCUACAGCCUGCUAUUCCCACUGGGGCUAUGCGGGAACUGCAUGGUGAUGGCUGUGCUACUGCAGUGCAAGAGGUCCCUGGCUGGGACCGACGUGUUCAUCCUCAACCUGGCGCUUGCCGACGUACUGCUGGUGGUGACACUCCCCUUCUGGGCAGUGCAGGCCGUGCACGGCUGGGUCUUCAGCACUGGCAUCUGCAAGCUGGUCGGCUCCAUCUUCAAGAUAAAUUUCUACUCCAGCAUCUUCUUCCUGGUGUGCAUCAGCUUCGACCGGUACCUCUCCAUCGUCCAUGCCGUGCACAUGUACAAGAGGAACAAGUCGCAUCUGAUGGUGGCCAGCUGCCUGGUGGUCUGGGGCGUCUGUGUCCUCUUAACCAUGCCAGAUUUCCUGUACCUGGAAGUCAAGAAGGACUAUCGCCUCAACAUCACUUUGUGCUCCCACAACUUCUCCAUCAGCACCUCCCUGCACUGGAAAACGGCCCUGCGCAUCUGCUACCACAUGUUGGGCUUCUUCCUGCCCCUGGCAGCCAUGCUGUACUGCUACACCUGCAUUAUUCACACUCUGCUGCGCUCCCAGGGCUUCCACAAGCACAAGGCCAUGCGGGUCAUCCUGACAGUGGUGGUGGUUUUCUUCGUGUGCUGGACGCCCUACCACCUGGCCCUGCUGGCAAACACGCUGAUCGACCUGCAGGUGGUGGGGCGGGACUGUGCCAGGGAGGCCAGCCUGGACAUCGCCAUGUCUGUCACUGCCAGCCUGGGCUACUUCCACUGCUGCCUCAACCCCCUGCUCUACGCCUUUGUUGGCAUCAAGUUCCGCAACAAGUUCCUGGAGCUGCUGGGCCACGUGGGCUGCGUGAGCCACGAGUUCCUGCGCAGACACGUACAGACACCGAGCCAGCGCAGGGAUUCCACCUGGUCGGAGACCACUGAGGCCUCCUACUCAGGGCUCUAGGGGGAGCUGGGGCUGCAAGGGGCAAACCCCUUCCCAAAGAGGUGUGGGGGAGCUGGGGCUGCAAGGGGCAAACCCCUUUCCAAGGGGGCAGGGAAGGGGUGAAACGUUCCCCAAGGGGCAGGGAAUGGGAGACAAGCAGUCACUAUAAUCAUAGCCAGACACAGCCCGACACCUGUGGUUACCCAGCCUCCUGUGCAGCUCACCACAAGCAGGAGUGCAGGAGCGGAGAGACUCAGAAUGAGCUGGGAAGAAACAGUAGCAGAUUUCUGACGGGUUGGAGCGAUCGCCGAAUCUCUGUGGAUUGUAGGUGCAGGUGCCAGAGGGUGUACACGUGGUUUCCGAGCAGGCCAUGGGUCUGUCCCUUCCUCUAAAUCAGUUACCAGGUGCCAAGUGCUGAGCCGUUUCAGUCAAUGCAGUGAGGCUGCAUUGUCAGGAGCUUUAGAUCAUCAUAACAAGAGAGUCUGGAAGUUUCUACUGAGGAUAUUAGUCUGGCAGGGACAGAUGGGGCCAGGUCCUGCAGCAGGGGCAAGCCAAUGCUGCAAUCUAACAUCCCCGGUACAUACUGGCUGCACACAACAAAGGGACUCACUGAUCUCCGCAAAAAACAGCACUUGGAUCAGAGUCCCUGACUCAGCCCAGUGUUCACUCCUCCAACACCCUCCCUGCUCUCUGCACCCCUUAUGCUUACAACGAUAGCCCCACUAUUUGUCUGACAGUAGCAUCUAGGAGCUCUAAUCAUGGAGGUGGCCCACAUCAAGCAAGGCACCGUACAAACAACAGAACAAAAACAGGCCCUGCCCCACCGGCCAAUGACUUUCCUCUUCCAGUUCAAGUCCUUGCUGAGACGCUCACAACCAAACACACACCCAGCCCUACAUAACCUCCCCCAAACACACACAUUCCUCACAGCCCCACACCUCCCCCAAACACACUCAUCUCUCCCACUCCCCAUUGCCCCCCAAUACGCACACUCAAAUAACGGCAGGGGCAAUCCCCAUGCUGCUUGGUAGCGCGACAACCCUUGGUGUGUUAGACCCAUCCUGUCUAACUGAGAGGGUGAGCUCUGUGGAGCCAUAACACCGUCUGCAUUUGUGCCCCGCCCUGAGCCCCCUCCCCACCCCUCACCCCCGAUC